AUGAGUUGCGCAAAAUCAAAAAAUGCAAUUAAUAAAAUUAUUUCAAACGCUUCUGACGAACAAUUACUAUGUUUAGUCGAAAUUUGCUUGAAUUUGUUAAAAGGGAGGCUUCCGUUUCAUAAAAACAGAAUACAAAAUCUACAAAACCAGGCAUCAUUAUUACGUAAAAUUAGUCGCUCGCGAAGCGCUUCUUCGGCUAAGCGCCUGCUACUCUGCGAUAAAAUUCAAAAUGGUCGUGGUUUCCCACCAGUGGCGGGUCUCCUUGCUAGUCUUAUUGUUCCCUUAAUCGCAGAGAAUUUUGUUAAAUAA